AUGACGAUUCAAUCGGUCUUCUUGCCAAUAUUGGUCUUGGGACUGGUAUCGAGUUUGGUGCACUGUGCUCCCUUCCCUGGUAGGCAGAACGGCACAAUUGAGCGACACUGGGAAACUCUGUACUCUCGCUCCUUGGCUCGGAUCCCCGGGGAAAAAAGAGAGAUCAACCGGGACAGUGACUAUCUAACGGGCAUCAAAAGACUGCGGCGUCUUUACUGUAAUGUAGGCAUUGGGUUUCACAUCCAGGUCUUACCGGACGGAAAGAUAACCGGAGUACAUAACGAAAACCGAUACAGUCUUCUUGAAAUAUCUCCAGUGGAAAGAGGUGUUGUGACACUGUUUGGCGUUCGCAGCGGUCUAUUCGUGGCUAUGAACAGCAAAGGGAAGCUGUAUGGAUCGAGUCAUUUCAACGAGGAGUGCAAGUUUAAAGAGAAGCUCCUGGCAAACAACUACAAUGCCUAUGAGUCAGGGGCAUACCCGGGGAUGUACAUAGGACUGAGCAAAACUGGCAAAACAAAAAAAGGAAACCGGGUUUCGCCGGCAAUGACCGUGACACAUUUCUUGCCAAGAAUCUGAGUGGAUCCUGCGAGAUGUUACCUCAAUGCACAGAGGGGGAUUUGGGGGACUCAAAACGAUGCACUUUCAAAUGGAGUUUUAUGCAAGAGUAGGUGUAUCAUAUUUAAAUUAAUUAUUUAAGUAUGUAUAUAUUGUGGAAAAAGUUUAUUUAUGGUUCUUGAGAAUUUUAUAUUUCUGACAA